AUAAGCCCCGCCUUCGUAGUACAAAUGUUAUUUAUUUUCGAAAUUCAUAACACACAUUAGAUAAUAAGUUUAAACGAACGAUCGAAAAUAUGUUCUUAGCGAUAUUUACUUUCAUAUACAGUAGUAUAUAUUAUGUAAUAUCAUUUUUAUUUACAUUUAUUUCGACUUUACAAGCAGUUCUGCCGCUUGGAGUGGAUGUUGGCCUGUUAGGAAUCGCUGUUUAUUAUUUGACGAGGUUAAGGAAACCAGAUCAGAGUAAUGUUGAGAGUAUAUUCGGACCGGAGCCCAGAUCGCAGGAGGGGAUUAUGUAUCCUGACAGAGUGGUAAAAUGCAUCGCACAUAGAGGAGCUGGCUUUGAUGCACCGGAGAAUACUUUGGAAGCGUUAAAAUAUUGUGUCGAGAGAGAUUGUAAUUUCGUAGAGUUGGAUGUGAGGACAUUGAAAGAUGGUCAGUUAGUGCUCUUACAUGAUCAAGGUCUGGAGAGGCUGACUGGUGGUACCAUAACUGAUGUCAAGAUGAUGGACUGGGAUAGUAUAAAAAAUAUAGAUGUUGGUGCUACACAUCCCAAUAGACAUCAGUUCAAAGAAGUCCACCUGUGCCGUCUAGAAGAUGCCCUCGACUAUCUCCUUUCAAAUGAAGUUAGGAUGAUUAUUGAUGUCAAAGGAGAAGACAAACAGGUUAUAAACGGUAUCCUCGAUACGUUCGCAUCCCGUCCAAAUCUGUACAAGUUUGCUGCUGUGACGACGUUCAAUCCUUUCAUCUUAUACCAGAUACGAAAAAAAGAUCCUCAGAUUGUGGGCGCCAUCAGCUAUCGUCCAUAUUGCUUCAGCGCGCAAGACUAUGAUGCUGAGAACGGUCCAAGUAAUCCUAGGUUCGGCGAGCGCCUGCCGCUGCACGCCGCGCUGCGCGUCGCCGACGCGCUGCACGCGCUCGCGUGGCGCCGCGCCGCGCGCUGGGCCGCCGCCAGCGCCGUGCUGCUGCACAAGGACGCCGCUAGCCCAAGCGAAGUCUUCUAUUGGCGGUCGUUGGGUGUCCGCUGCGUGGGUUGGUGCGUUAACAGGCCCCUGGAGAAACUCUACUGGCGAGGUGUUCUGAAGGCUCCCUACCUCUCCAACACUCUAAUGGGCGAGCCUGAGGUCGAACAAAAAAAAGAGCGAGACAAAAGAUCGAGUCUCUCUCUCCGACCCGGACCGAUUGUCGAUAAAAUAUUAGAGACGGAAAAACGCAUGACGUCCGGACAGAACUAGAUUUAGUAUUACAUAAAGUUAACAGUAGUGUUCAUGUCGUAUUCGUAACAAACAUGUAGACUGUGUUACUCAUCGAUUAUUUAUAUUUGAUUUAUUUCCAUAAUAUAUUAAUAUAUUUUUAUUUAUUGAGAUGGUAUUGACACGUAAUGAAGUACAAACGAAAUCCAACCAAAUGCCGUAGUAAUAAGGUUCAAUUUAAAUUUAGGCGUUUAAUUUCAAGUCCUAUGUUGAAAUUAUAUUUUAUGUGACGUCGUUACGUCAUAUUUUUUUAAAUUAUACUUGUACGAAAACCUACAGCAAUUGAAUAGUAUAAAAUAAGGAUGUUUUUUAAUGUUAUUGGUAAACUUGAUUGUUAUUCGAGAUGUCUGGGUUUGUCUGUGGACAAAAUUUUUCAAAAAACUUGGUUAAAGGCGACCAAUUUUUUACGCCUCUUGAUUGAUGAAAUUUUAUUUGGAAUUAUCGAAUAAUUAAUAAAUUAAUACCUGUCCUAUUAAUUUAUUAAAUUUUAGGACAUUGUCUUUGCUUAGAAUGUCUGUAAAUUUGACGUAUAGGAUUUGCCAACCUAAAUAAUGACAUCUGUCACCCUUAUGUCUCGGGUACCUUAGUAUGUUAGAGUAGGCUUAAUAUUACUACUACGAACUUUAAUAACAUAUCGUCAGAAGUGAUUAGCCUAAGAAUAUUUACCACGGGAUAGUCUGACUGUGGAAACGUUUUUCUAUCACGAGUCUCCAAGGUCCUCAACUAAUGAUAGAUUAACUUUUUUAAACUAACAUGUAACUAAUUUCAAGAAAACUUCGUUAGUUCGAUUACUACAACUAGUGCCCUCUAUUGACAAAAUUAGUAACAAACACUAAAUAGUGGUAGACCAGUGUUGCAAUGUGUAAUAAUAAUGUUAACAUUAUAAAAAAGUAAACUUUUUAAAAAUGGAAUCCUUUUUUUAAUUUAUAAAAAAAAGCUGUAACAAA